UGGGAAAGCAGUAGGUAGUAACUACACUUAGUUAUCGUACAGUACAAACAUCUCUCCACAAACAGCCGACUGUCUGAUUGCCAAUCGUCUGGCAUCCUCUCAACCCCGCAACUGCCUACAACUACGGAGAAUACAUAAAGCUCUGCCCCUCCUGCUCUCUCCUGCUCUCUCACUCUCUCUCACACACACACUCUCUCUUGUGCUUCCAUCUUCUCGUUCCCAUUUAAAUUAGAAAAAGAGAAAACCGUCCUGUCCUCAUUCACCAGCAGCAAUCUUCCUCCAAAUCAGCUGCCCCAGCAAGUGAAAGAAGUAAAUCCUGCCCAUUCACCAAACCACCUUAACCCCUGCUCGAUAAGAAGUGGAACUGCCCAGAAUGGCUCCUACGAUUGAACGCAUCACCCUCUUCAAGAUCCCCGACGAGGCAGCACGGGACCGCGUCCUGGAGCAGUACAAGGUCCUCGCCAGAACAGCUGUCAAAGACGGAAAGCCAUACAUCGUCAGCGCGGCCGCAGGUCCCUCGUUUCCCGACCCUCGCAACAAGGGCUACAACCUGAGUGUCAAGACGACGUUUGCCUCGCUGGAGGAUAUGAAGUAUUAUGACACCGAAUGCGAGGCGCAUAAGGCGUUGAAGGCGGUGGCGGGCCCCGUGCGGGAGGAUGUGCUGACGACGUACUUCGAGAGUGUUAUUUGAAUGGAAGACCGAUACCAGGGAUCAAAGGUUUCGGUAGGAUUUGUAUAGAUGUGAGGUUUGAUUUGGCACUCUCUUCAUUGUGGAGAAUGUUUUGUCUAACUAUACUCUACUCGAACACUCAUUUGAUGUAAUAUAAUAUCCAAUUCAGGAAUUGGUGCUUUGCAUGCAUGCCGCCGGAUCACAUGCCCGGGUUCUCUCCGCUGUCACAA